GAGUAAAAUGAAAUCCAUAGAAACUCUGAGAGCAAAACUUCUACAGCAAAAUGUGAAGAUAAGUGAAGGCGUAAAAUACAAGGUGGACAGGUUGAAACAAAACAAUGAGGAUGUGCUAAUGCUGUACACUGUACUGGAACAAAAGCUUGGAGAACUUGAUAAACAGAAAGAAAGCGUGGCUGGUGACACUGAGAUUUUAGAGAGAGAAAGGGAAAGUCUGCUAAGUAUGCUCUCCGACAUGGACAUCCAGAGAGAACACAUGGAAAAUAUGUGGAAGCAAAAGUUUGAGAUGGAAAAACAAAAUCUUGGAAAACUGAAGGCAGAACUGAAGCGAGACAGAGAGGAUCUGAAUAGAAGGAAUGAGCUGUUGAACAAAGAGAAAGUGGACUGUGACCAGAUGCGGUCUGACAUGCAGACACAAACUGACUUAUUAGAACAAGAGAAACAAGACAAAAAAGAGGAAAGAGCCAGGUUGGAAUUCACAAAGAUAGAGCUGCAAAAGAAGAAGGAAAACCUUGAAUGUCUGUUUGACGGCAUAUACAGAGAGAAAACCAACAUUAAAGAUCUAGCCCUUCAUGUUCAGACAAAAAGGGACGAACUUGAGAAAGUCAUUAACAUGAUUGCCUUCAGACGAAAAGAACAAGAGCUCAGGGGAGACGACAUCAAAAGACAAACACAAGAACUGGAGACCAGUAAGAACAGCGCACUGGCAGAAAGACAAGAACUGGAAGUUUUGAAGAAGCAUCUCAACAAGAAGGGGGAAGAGCUUGAAGCUGCCAUGAAUAGCAUCAGUGGAGAGAGAGGA